UACAUUACACAGUCAUUGUCCUGUGUCCUCUCCCUCUCUCUCUUCAACCUGGUCUUUCUCUACAGAAACGACAAGAAUUCUGUCAAACCCAUCCACCGGAUAAAUUUGGUAGAAUUGCACAAUAUAUGUAUGUAUAUAUAAAAUCUUUCUCCAUAUAUACACUUAGAGAACUCUUGUUCUCCCAGUAGGAUUUUCAAAAUCACCUGGGUUUAGGCUAGAGCUUGUGGUUGUAAAUUUAUCAGAAAAACCUGAGAAAUUAAAAGGGCUAUCUCUUUGGCUCCAGAAACCUGCAUUAAAUGGGAGGAGAGGAGUACUCAGACUGUCAUGGGGGCGGUGGUGGGAUGAAUAAGCCUGCAUGGCUUCAAGGUCUGAUGGCCGAGACUUUCUUUGGAGGUUGUGGUUUCCAUGAAAACCACAGGAAGAAUGAGAAGAACGUGUUUUGCCUUGUUUGUUGUCUCAGUAUUUGCCCCCACUGCCUCCCGUCUCAUUCCUCUCAUCCUCUCCUUCAGGUGCGACGUUAUGUUUACCACGAUGUUGUUCGACUAGGUGAUCUCGAAAAGCUCAUUGAUUGCUCCUAUAUUCAGCCCUACACAAUUAACCAUGCCAAGGUUAUAUUCCUGAAGCAGAGGGCUCAAUCCAGGUCCUGUAAGGGCUCUGCCAAUAUGUGCUUCACUUGUGAGAGGAUUCUCCAGGACUCUUUCCAUUUCUGCUCUCUUUCUUGCAAGGUUGAUCACAUGGUGUACCAUGGACAAGAUCUUUCAAGCAUUCUCUUCAGGAUUCGCGAAUCUGAUUUUGCAAUUUCACAAUUCGAGGGAUUGAGAGUUGAUGGUUCAGAAAUUAUCGACGAUGAUAGUCAAAUUACUACAAACUCCAUCCUUGAGGAUCAAUUGCAGUACAAAAAUUCGUCGUGUUCCAAUGACAACAUGGGCAGUUCGGAGAUUUCACAUGCACCGGUUAUGGUUAAAAAGAAGAAAAAGGGUUUUCUACCUGGAAUCGUUCUCUCCCUUAGCAACAGGAGAAAGGGGGCUCCUCAGAGGGCUCCUCUUUCUUAGAUCGGAUUAACAAUAAAAUUAUCUAUCAGUAUAUAUUCUUCACAUUUAAUAUUUUGCGUGAACGGGGAUUUCAUGUUCUGUUCUUAUUUUCACCUUUAGAACUUGAUCGGAGCAUUUCCAAUUACUGACCUUAGGUGAAUUUAGAGGGUCUAGAGCUCCAAAUUGUUAUCUAAGUCUCUUGAUUUCACCAAUUUUGUACUUGAUCAUGUAAUGGAACUUGCAGGUAUAUAUAUAAUAAUUUUAAUAUUU